AUGCCGCCUUUUCAGGUGGACCAAUACGAGGACUUCGUCCUCAAGCUGAAAAUAAAGGCUGCUGAUGGAACAUCACAGAUUCGAAGAGUCCGUCUCCCUCGUAUUGCCGACGGAGCUGGUAAUGUUUCCUACGAGGAGCUUGUUGGCCUUGUAGUGACAUUCACAUUUCCAGCUGAAUCUUCAUCUUCCCCAGAAAACUUUGACUGUGUCUUGACUUACUUUGACGAAGACGAGGAUACGGUCACAAUUGCUUCCACGUCGGAACUAGUUGAUGCAGUGGAGCAAUUUGUGGACAAGAAGGUGUUGCGAAUCAGCACAGAGGUCAAACGUAAGACCUCUGCUGGAGCAUCUAUUCCUCAAACUACCCAAAGUUCGCAACCAAGCAGCGGAACUGCCGAUCGUGGAACUUCAACCCAGCCCGAAAGUCUUGAAGCGAAUCUCCAAAUCGUGUUGGAGUCGUUUGCGAGUGUUGUCGUCACUGCGGUGAGCUCGUUGGAGAAGGGACUUGCAGCAAAUUCUGCGAGCAACACCGCUGCUGUUUCUGCGUCUACCCCAUCUAGCGAGAACAAUCCCAAGGGUUCCGAGAAGGUUGCAAAGCCAGUUAUCAAGUCUGCUCCGCAAUUCAGUGCUGUGGCUCAAUUCGCUGAGAGCCAGAAGCCUGAGGUCAAGGAGCAACUCGUUCCACAUGUCCAUAAACGCCACACCUGUGACUCAUGUCUCAUGAAUCCAAUCGUUGGGGCAAGAUACCAUGCUUUGAACAUGACUGAUUACGAUCUAUGCCAAAACUGCUAUCCGAACUACUCUGGAAAGGAAACUGAAUUUGUUACGUAUCCAACUGGAAACAAGAUCGUUCGCAAAAACUCUGAUGUCAUUCAGGAUGGAGCUAAUGGUUCCACCAGUCUGAGUAGUGAGGAAGAAGCGGGCCUACUUUUGCUAGCAGACGUACUCAAUCCUGCUGCACAAGAAGCUGCGGCAUUUGAACCAGCAUCAAAGCCUGGUCCUAGUUCUGAAUCCACUCCAUGCCCUAUAGAGAACAGUCUUCCUUUCAUUCAUGGACGUCACACUUGCGACUCCUGCCUCAUGAACCCAAUUAUUGGAAAGAGAUACCAUGCAAUCAAUAUGAAGGAUUACGACUUGUGCGAGAAGUGCUACCCGAACUACCAGGGAACAGAGAUUCAACUCGAGGCUGUUGAGUUGUCUCGUGAUAGAGCAUUCCAGAAACGGUGGAACCGCCGCCGCGAACGUAUUGAUAAGAUGAACAGAAAGAGACCAGGGCGCCGAUGCCGUGAUCGGAAGAGUCCAGAAUUUGCUCUGGAACCUCCUCGUCCUCAACCCGCUUCUCAGCCAAAUCCCGAACCCACUCCCACUCCUCCUCCAAGUGUUCCCGCACAAGAGAGUACAGCUCGUGUGAUUCCUAUCCAGUCAAGUGCACCAACGACAAACCCAGCUGAUGACUUUGAUGGUGCUUUGAAGGAAGCCAUUCGAAGGUCACUUGAAGAUGCGAUGCCCAAAGAGAUCCAAGAGAUGUUUGAACCGACAGAACCUAUGCUCGAACCAACAGAACCUAUCAUUGCACCUUCAGCUCCCACCGAAGAGGAAGUUCUUACCAUGUGUGGAGCAACCAAUAUUGUCAACGAUUCAGAUACCCCCACCAGCGCACUAGAAGCUGAGGUUGUGGAGGAUUUGGCCAUCACGGAAGAGGGGAGCCGAGCUAGCUCUUCCAUGGUGGAGGUCGACGAACAACGCCUCCUUGAUUCUAUGACCGAAGACAACAUGUCUGUAGACUCUGAGGAUAUGAUGCGUGAUGAUUUUGAUAUGAAACUUGCUGCUGUCGAUCGUGAGACCAGCAUGUCCACACCAGAGCGAAAAUCAGUAAAGUCUUCACAGGCUAACACUCCAGGAUCGAAUACUGAUGAUUCUUUCGCAUUGGAUGCCGUGGGUAACGGAGACAUCGCAGAAGCAAUGGGUGCAACACUGGAUAUUGUUGCUGGUGUCAUCUCCGAGAUGCUUACCGAGGCAGAUGCCCACAACGCCACUGCAGUCCUCGACGAAGUGAUCGCCUCCACUAUGGAAAAGAGCGAGCCUGAGGUUGUGGAACCCGAAGCCGAUGCAACCGAAGAAGCAGGCAUUACUGACCCUGGUGCACUGAUCGUCGGCUCCGAGGAAGCUACCGAGGACCCCAAAGAAGAGGUCGAUGGUUGGCAAGUUGUUGAUGAAAACACCAACGAAUCAACUGAUAUUGCUAGCGCAACACAAAUGCUAGGCUCCGUGUUGUUCAAUAGCGACAUGCGCAGUUCUGAAGUCAUGGGGUCGGCCAACUCUGGUGUUCUGUCGGCAGCUUCCAGUGUUCCAUCGGACCUUCCGUCCGUAUCUGUUGGAACUGAGGGGUCUCAUGGUUCUGAAGCACAACGCAAUCGCUGGGCUUCCCAGUUGUACAUGAUGCGCGAGAUGGGUUUUGAAAACGAAGCUAAGUGCAUUGAGACUUUGGAAAGACUUCAAGCUGCCAAUAUUGGUUGUGGCGAAGAAGAUGAAGUUUCCGUCACCCAAGCGGUCGAAGCCAUGCUAUCGGAACUCAAGUAA